AUGUACAAACUGUGCAUAGCAUUAGCCUUCGACCCUAACACUAUCGAAUAUGGUGUUAGGGAUCGAUGUGACAACUUGAAAAGGAUCAACAGUCCAUCGGAAGGUUUGAACGUUCAGAUUGAACCAUUGCGUAUCAAUGAAAGUGAUCUCAAUACAAAGCGUAUGCUAGACCUUAUGGCGCCUGGCCGCCUUACCAUUGUAGACCUCUUAUAUCCUUGUAUUACGUCGGAAGGGGCUUGCUCCUUAUUCAAUAUCUGUUUGAGUAUCUUUCUCGAACAAAGUUUAAAUGUAGGUCGAGUUAUCGUGCUAGAUGAGGCCCAUAAAUAUAUGAACACCUCAGCUGAAGCAUCAACUCUGACGAAUACCCUCCUCUCUAUUGUUCGACUAUAA